AUGCCGCCGAUCCUCGGCUCGCCCUCGCUGCGCGCGAUCUGCCUCCGUCACCUGUUGGCGCGGUCGUCGCCCAGCAGCAGCAGCAUUGUUCCCAACGCCGCGACGCUGGCCACGGCUACGAGGCCGGGUUUUCCUCUGUCGAUUCAGGAACUUAUAUCCCAAUGGGUGCCAGGGAGGCCUGGGAUCCCUAAGAGGAUAGUCUUUACUUUAUUUGCAGGUCUUUCAUGGGCUAUCUGGAAGAACCGUAAUAAAAUGGCCAUUGAAAAAUGCUUCCCACUAAAUCCUGAUCCUGUGAUUCAUAUGGCUAUCAAUCAUCUGCAGAUGUGGGCAGAUUUGUCCAAGGAGGCCGACAAGCAGAGUAGACGCAACUUGCGCAACUACAGACAGUGCACGGAGCGCUACGACUGGUUAACCUGGAGAGUGCUACCAGUCCUGGGCCUACUCUUCUUCUGGACAGAACAAGCGAAUCAAAAAGCUGAAGGAGAGUCUGGCCGAGCUUAG